AAUCCCGUUAUGGUAAGGAAAAAGAAGCGUCACAUUAGAGCUGUGGACCACAAGACGAAGCGACCGAUAAUAGGAACCGAGUGGAAUGAUUAAACGGAAUGCGUCUAUCAUUAUUAUCACCAUCACCGUCUCUAACAUUUCCUCUCUCCCCACACUACUGAACAAACAAGAUAUCCUAAGUCAGAUCGUACGAUUCUGGUGCCAAAAUUCUGCAUUUCUCCGAGUUUAUAUAGUAACAAACAAUUCUUGUCCGUCCAAGAGAGAAAGAGAAGAAUGUUGUAACUUGUUGGAGUUUAUCGCGUAGAAUUUGACUUCGAUGAAGAGAGAGAGAGAGAUCAAAAUUUUCGUGAAAGUUGAUAGCAGAAAACGAGUCAGUUCCUCAAAUCUCCAUCGAUCCAAGUUGUAGAAGUAACUCAGUAAAGUAAUUUUUGAAUCUUUUUGGACAAUAAGUCAUCAAAUGUUUCCAAAAAAUAUGUAAAACAAUCCAUUUUUAGACAUAAUAAGACGACCCCUCUAACCCAUUUUUAAGUGCAAGUCGAAGGGAGCUGGAUUAUGGAGGUAGCGGUGAAGAUGACAAAGAAGAGGAAGAUGUGUGAUGGUGAUUUGGAGAUGUCACCAACUGUAGCACGCGUUAGAAGUCGUCAUUCUGGAGUCUUGGUUGCACUGGCGAGUUUAGAUUCUCCUGUGAGCGAGCUCAGUUCCAACGGAAACACUGUUUCGAGUAAACCGGCUGACGACAGUGUGAAAAUUGCAAACAGUAAUUCAGAGGUCAGAGAAAGCGUCCUUCUAUCCAGCGAAUGUAAAGUUCACAAACUGGAGACAACACCGAGACGACAACAUGCUAAGCCUCGCCGCCUAUUUACGGAGACAAAAAUGCCCUCCGAGGUUGAUCAGCUUGAUGAGUUUUUGGCUGCAGCCGAGAAAGAUCUCCAUAAACGAUUUGCAGAAAAAUACAACUUUGACUUUGCUAAGGAGGAGCCAUUGGAAGGUCGCUAUGAAUGGAUUCGACAAUGAGACCAUGAAAAUGAAUCCGCAAGACCAACGCAAUAUUUUAGCAGCCGUUCUAAUUUGUUGGUAGUCCAGUGACAGUGGUUCUAGUAUUUCCAAGUAUAUUUGACCGUUUCCGCUUAUUAAUAGUUCUCUUUUUUUGUUUUGUUACUUAUGGCUUUGUGAUUUUGGUUUCCAUAGAGGGCGGGAGUUUGGACGAUAUGUGUACAGAAGCCAGUUAGUAUUUGUCUGAAUAAGAGCUCUUCUUCUUGUUCUCA